UGACCACAGAAUUCGAGGUGCACCCAGGGGGGUCCCAGUGCAGCCCCGUCCCUGUGGGCAGAGCUGAUGCACCAUCCCGGAGAGCUGGGCCCGUGUUGCUCUGGGCUGUGUUUACCCGCCAUCGGCCGUUGCCUUUGCUGUGGCUCGUGAUGUGCUGCCCGGGGAGGACAGGGCAGUGACCAGCACAGCACGUGGCUGCUCGCUUUGUGCAUCCUCAGCCCUUUAAUUAUGUCCCUUUUUUCCACUUUGCGCUGUGCAAAGAGCUGGGGAGCGUCUGCCUGUGGCUGCCGGCACCUUCUGGGUGAGCGUGUGGGCAGCGGGGCUGAUUCUGCCCAUGCUUCAGGCAGGUGCUGGGUGCUGCCUGUAUUUGUUGUUAUGGGCAUGUAGGGGAAGAAAUCCUUGCUCAGCCCGGAGCUGCCCGGCUGGGGACACAGAGGUGCCUUUUGCAAGGUCAAACUGUCCCUUGGGCUGUUUGUUUGGUGCCUGGGGGCCAGUGGGACCCUCGCUCGCUGCUUUGGGAGACGCUGCUCCGUCUACAGCCCAACCCCUGUCCUGCUGCAAUAAUCCCUGGGCACAGCCCGUAGGGAGCCGGCUGGGCAUGGGAGGGAGGUUGGACAUGUCAGCUCCCGCUGACACAAGGACGGUCCUGCCCGCUGGGUAAAUAACGGGAGCUUUUCACUUUUCGAGAUGGGAGGGAUGGAGCUCCCUGACUGCCUGGCAUUUCUACCCCCACCUGCUUGUGCCCCCGUGCCAGCGACUGGAGCUACUGGUUAGACUGGUCUGAGAGCUCAGUCUCCCCCAGUGCUGCCAGCUCUUGUGACCGUGACGUGGCCAUGCUGGACACCGUGUCCCUGAGGACAAACGGCCUUUGCCCCACAAUGGCGCACGUCCCCCCACUGUGGCUGAGCCAUGCUGGGAGCAGGGCUGGGGGGCUGCGGUGGGUGCUGGGUCCCCAGGGGACACUGGGGACAGCCGAGGAGGGGGAACGCUGGCACCGUGGGCUGUGCAGUGCCAUGUCCCACGGGCUGGUGCUCACCGGAGGAAAAGCCUCCCAGCUCCUCCCAGUUUGCCAAGGAAGCCAGCAGCUGGUUUGCACAGGGAUGCUGUGCUCAGCAGGGAGCAAGCGAGGAGGGUCCUGCUGGGGUCCCAGGGGUGCAAGAGGUGGGAUUGGGCAAAUCCCACCCCUGAGCUUAGCAGGAUGGAUCCUGGCAGCCGUGCUGUGCGUGGGAGGAGGCGGGAGGGCCGGGGGCGAGCGGGGAGGCCAGAGGAGGGGCCCCCGCUUUCCUCCUGCCGUCACCGAGCAGCGCGGUGGGCGCAGCUGGGGCUGUCCCCUCCUGCCACCACGCAGCCCUCCCCGGGGUCAGCCUUGUCUCCGCAGUCAGGCAGCUGCGCCGGAGCCUCUUUGCCCAUCCGAGCAUCCUCCUGCUGCGCGGAUGAGUACAGAGAGGGGGAUCUGGGGGCCGCCGGCAUCCGUCUUGCCGGCACACGGCUGGGUGAGAGCCGCCGCAGAACAAUAGGCAGAACGUUGGUGGGGGACGGUGGAUCCCCCGCUCCUGCAGGGACCAGACCCCGGCCACCAUGGUGGUCUUCAUGGGCAGGAACCUCUCCUCGCUUCUGGCUUUCUUCAAGAAAAAGGGCACGGCCAAGGGCGACACCGAGAAGCGGCUGAGCGUGCAGUACACGGCGGGCGAGGAAUGUCCCGACAACGUCUUCUUCCCCAGCACACGGCCCCCGCACCUGGAGGAGCUGCACAACCAGGCCCAGGAGGGUCUGAAGUCCCUGCAGCACCAGGAGAAGCAGAAGCAAACCAAAAGUGCCUGGGACCACGGGGACAGCAGCAGCCUCCAGUCCUGCGCAUCCUCGGAGGAUGACAGCGUGUCCAUCCGGAGCCGGGCGGCCUCCUGCGCCACAGACAGCACCUCCGAGGACGCCCUCUCCAUCCGCUCCGAGAUGAUCCAGCGGAAAGGUUCCACCUUCCGACCACACGACUCCUUUCCCAAAUCCUCGGAGAGAACUGGCAAGAAAAGGAAGGAGAGGAGGACAACGGUGCUGGGCAUCCCCCAGCAUGUCCAGAAGGAGCUGGGUCUCAGGAGCAGCCGGGAAGCCAAGGGACACCCCGAUGCUGAUGGACGAGGGCUGGUGGGGCGCGGGGGCAGCCAGGCGCCCCAGCCCUUGCUGAACGGCGGGCAGGUGUCCGGUGACACCGUCCGCAUCCCCACCAUCGACGGGAAGCUGCAGCCGCUGGCUGUCCCUGGGGGUGCCCGCGUCUGCCUGGGAGCCCUGGAGCAGGCGGACGUGGCCCUGCAGAAGCACAUCGACCGUGUUUACUACGACGACACGUUGCUGGGGAGGAAGACGGCAGCCAAGCUGUCACCCAUGGUGAGGCCGAAGUCACUGGCCGUGCCUGGCAUGACCACCAACGCCAGCCCUCCGGAGCUGCUGAGCCCCGUCAUGUCCAUCUCGCCCCAGGGCACCUACAUGUCUAAGAUCAUCCCCAACGCCAUCCUGCCACCCAUGGUGGACGUGGUGGCCCUGACGCGGAGCAGCGUGCGGACGCUGAGCCGCUGCAGCUUGGUGUCCUCCAGCCCGGCCUCGGUGCGCUCCCUUGCCCGCUUCUCGGAGCACAGCACCCGCAGCCGCGAGCCCUCCUCCUCCAGCGACAAUUGGAGCCACUCGCAGUCCACCGAGACCAUCGUCUCCAACAGCUCCACCAUCUCCUCCCAGGGUGGCUCCGACCGCCGGCAGCCCGAGCCGGGGCCACGCGGCGAGGUGGACGCGGCAACUCGCUCCGACGCUGACCAGGUCAGCGUCUACAGCUCUGCCAGCUUCACCAGCUCCUGCUCCAAGGCCCCCGCUGGCCCCGCGGUCCCCGGGCUCCUGGCUGUGGGGGGCAGCAGCGGCCGGGCGUCCCCCGCAUACAGCACGAGCAGCCAGGCAGAGGGCUCGGACACGGGCAGCCUGGCCAGCGAGCGCUCCUCCGCCCGCAGCGUCUCCCUCAGGAAGAUGAAGAAGCCCCCGGCCCCACCUCGCAGGACCUACUCGCUGUACCAAAAAGCUGACGGGGAGCCCAAGGUGCUGGGGCUGCCCCCCAAGCCUGACCGGCGGUCGCAGCGGGAGAGCAGCACGCCCUGGUCCCCGCGGCCCCAGCCCCUCAGCCCCGCGGCCGAGGAUGAGGUUUUCUCGCCGUUGUCGCUGAGCGAGACCAGCAGCCUCCGCUCCGAGAGCCUGGCCGGCGCCAGCUCCCCCGAGCCCCCGCGGGGCAGCCCCGGGGUGACCGUGGUGCUGAGGGAGCCCCAGGCUCAGCCCAAGUGGAGCUGCCCAGAUGGGUCUGACCGCACCAUGUCCCCCUCCAGCGGCUACUCCAGCCAGAGCGGGACCCCCACGCUGCCCGCCAAGGGGCUGGGACCCCCAUCCAUGUCGCCGGGCAGGGGGGCUCAGCCCCAGAAGCCGGAGCGGGUCUGCUCCCUGCAGUCACCCGCGCUGUCCGUGUCCUCCUCCCUCACCUCCAUCUCCUCCUCAGCCUCAGACGCGGCUCCCCCUGAGACGCUGCCCCGAGACCGCUUCAUCAUCCCGCCGCACCCCAAGGUGCCCGCUCCCUUCUCCCCGCCGCCCACCAAGCCCCAGCAGCCUGUGGCCCCCACCAGCCCCCUCCUCGCCUCUCCAGACCCGCCACCACCCAGUGCCGCCGGCCAGGAGCCCCCCGCCAAGCCCAGCAGCAAGUCCCCCCCGCCAUCACCACCGCCUGCCUACCACCCACCCCCCCCGCCGGCCAAGAAGGCGGAGGGGAGCCCCCAAACCACCAGCGAGGCUCCCACCGAUGCUGCCUGGCCCCCGCCGCCCCCACCAGCUCCUGAGGAGCACGACCUGUCCAUGGCGGACUUUCCCCCUCCGGAUGAAGCCGAUUUCUCCAGCCUACCCGAUGAUGCUGCACCGGCUCCCGCAGCCGGGCAGAAAGUGGCACCGAGCCCAGGGGUUGUGUCUUCCUCAUCACCCGCCAUCUCCUCACCCAGCCAGCAGCAAGGGCCACCAGCUGGGUCACCACGGCCACCUUCCCCCGCCGAGCCUGCUCCUGCGGCCGCCGUGCCCCCACCGCCACCUCUCCCCCUACCCUCAGCUCCAGCUCUGCCGCCCCAAAUCAGCCUUAAGAAGGCGGCCAACGGCCCCCGGGCAGACAGCAAGAAGGAGCCAGUGUCGCGGAGCAAGAGUGGCCCGAUGGCCAAGGAGGACGCCAGCCUGCCCAUCGUCACACCGUCACUGCUGCAGAUGGUGCGGCUGCGCUCCGUCAACAUGGAGCCGCCCGCCGGGGCUGCGGCCGGGGCCGAGGAGCGGCCGGCGCCCCAGAAACCCGUCCGCCGGUCCCUGUCCACGCGACAGCUCCCUCCUGCCAAAGAUGCGGUGCCUUCGAACCAGCUCCACCACGCUGUGCACCUCAAGGCGGCCGCCUUGUCCUCCGGUGAGGCUGCGGAGAAGCCGGCGGGUGGGAGAGCGGCUCUGCCGGGUCCCGAGGGACCCCCCGGGGACGGCCAGCUGUCCCCCCGGAACAAGUCACCGGCCUCCACCGCCAGCUUCAUCUUUGCCAAGAGCUCCAGGAAGGUGGUGAUGGAGACAACCUCGUCCCCUGAGGCACAGGCCGACCUGAAGAGGAACUUGGUGGCCGAGCUGAGGAAUUUCUCGGGGCAGCGCUCCGCAGCACCCGCUGCUGCCCAGCCGGGCCCUGGCAAGGCACAAACCCACCGAAAACCCGGCAAGAUUCCCCCUCCAGUAGCCAAGAAGCCUUCGCUUGGCCCAGGGCCGGCUCCUUCCCCCCUGAGCCCAAAGGCAACGGAGACGCUGGGCUCCCCCAUGCCGGACGGGACGGCCAAGGCGGUGGCGGCAGAGGAGAGCAGGACUAAGAGCGAGCCGGCGGGGACGGCAGCCUCGGGGACCGCGGAGCCAGCGGCUCAGAGCUUCCCCGCACAAGAUGGACGGGGAGAGACGGCCUGACGGACGGAGCUGCAGGAUGGACGGGUGCCCCCGUGGAAUCCAAAUCUCUCAGGGACCUGGGCAGGUCAACGGACGAGUGUGGAACUGGCAACUGACUGAUGACAGGAAGCAAACAGCCUUAGCCUCCACGGCCUUGAUGAUAUUUAUGCAAAAAUGGUGUUGGUUUCACUUUCCUAAGUACUACAGCUUUAUUUUUGCUCUUUUUUUUAAAAUUUACUGGACCCAGAGCCAGCACCUCCUCCCUGCCCGGCUGCCGCUUGGUUUGUGCGUGUGGAGCGGAGCAGCCAUGCAGAGAGGAGGAGCACGGAGGGACGAAGAUGCUGGAGCCAGCCGGGCCCGCGAGGAAUCGCAGCACUUUGGAUGAGGGACCAGGACGGCUUCGGCCACCACAGCACCCGGGGACGCGGGCAGGAGGGGACAGAGAUGCUGGUUGGGGGGGACCAGGGCCUUGGCCCUCCAUGGAAAGGAAAAAGGGGGCUCGUGGCCAGCGCUGACCUCUGCCCGCUGGCCCCAGAGUGGAGGGGGAGUCCGGCUGCCCCCAAGCUGGUCUGCAGGGUAGAGCCUCCAUCUCUGUUUCUGUGAACUCUGGUCAUGUUUUGAUUUCUUUGAUUGUACAAAAAAAACCCAACCAACCAACCAAACCAAAUGCAACCACCCCUCUGCGCCGAGUAGCUGCUCAGAGCUCUGUACCUGGCUGGUAAAAAUGAUGAGCGAA